GGAUCUUACCUACGCACCCCACGAAGGGCCACGACUGCAUCAAUUUCUCUACACGUGCGACUUGCUUUUAUCUCUUCUCACGCUCGCUUUUUCGCUUCAAUUCAAUUCAGUCACUUUGCUGCAAUUGCUCUUCUUCUAUGUACUCCGCCAUGCGCUAAGCAGUUCGUCGCAUUGACCCAGGACCACCGCCAUCAUGGGUCCUCUAGCUUUCUUGAGCAGUCUCUACGACCAUGAUACUCUCGACACACGAUUCACCACCGCCUCUUCCACUCCCUAUCAGAAUGUUAUCGAAGCGCGAUUAGAUCCGAGCAUAAAGAAGGACUCUGCAGCGAAGGAGAGGAGCAGAGCGCAGCCGUCAAAAUGGAAGACGCCCGAGUUCUUCCUUUACUAUGCCGUCUUUGCUGUGGCCAUUCCUUACAUGUUCUGGAUCACAUACGAUGUCUCUCGAGAAACUGAUCCUCGAUAUCCCAAAUUUAAGCGAUGGCUAUCCCCGGGUUGGAUUCCUGGACGGCAGAUCGACGUUUCUGAUGCGCAAUAUGGUGUUUUCCGCGAGAACAUGCCUUACAUGGGCUCUCUUCUUCUUUUCCACCCGCUGUUGAGAAAGCUUUGGAACAAGUACAAGCCACUGCCCGAGCGAAGUCAGGGAGGACGCAACCGAUUAGACCAGCGAGCAUCAUUCGAUUUCUUAUUCGCAUUCAUAUUCUUGUUCGCUCUGCACGGACUUUCUGCGUUCAAGAUCUUCUUCAUCCUCUGGACCAAUUUCCAGCUUGCGACCAAGCUUCCUCGACGAUAUGUUCCGGCCGCUACUUGGAUCUUCAACAUUGCAAUCCUGUUCGCCAACGAAUUGACCGAAGGAUGGCGGUUCCGAGUUCUAUUUAGCUUCAUUUCACCCCCACAAAUGGGCCUGUAUAAGAACAAGAUGAGGCUCUUGAACUCGGAUUUGAUGAACUUGGGAGCUCGCAUGGAUAGCACAUUCCAAGGAAUCUUAGCACGCUGGGAGGUUCUCUUCAACAUCACCAUUUUACGUCUUAUCAGUUUCAACUUGGACUACUACUGGAGUAUUGAUCGUGGCAACUCUAAUGCGCUCGAGAAGCAAUUGGACCCAGCAAACCUCUCCGAAAGAGAUCGUGUCAGCAUCUCUGCUGAACCCCGAGACUUUACUUUCCGCAACUAUGUGGCAUAUGCUAUCUAUGCGCCGCUCUACUUGACGGGACCCAUCCUCACAUUCAACGACUACAUCUCACAGUCGAAGUACCGAGCUGCCAGCAUCGAAACAAGCCGAACAAUCCGAUAUGGUAUCCGCUUCCUUUUGGUCCUGCUCUCAAUGGAGGUCAUUCUACACUUUGACUGGGUUGGUGCAAUCAGCAAGGGAAAGCCUGAUUGGAGUUCGUACACGGCAGCACAAUUGUCAAUGCUGUCCUUCAUGAACCUCCAUAUCAUCUGGUUGAAGCUUUUGAUCCCUUGGCGUAUGUUCCGACUUUGGUCAUUGGUUGAUGGGAUUGAUCCGCCUGAAAACAUGGUUCGUUGUGUGAGCAACAACUACAGCACACAGCUUUUCUGGAGAGCAUGGCACCGUUCGUAUAACCGCUGGUUGAUCAGGUACAUCUACGUUCCUUUGGGUGGCUCAUCGUUCCGUAACUGGCGGUCUACUGUGCGGUCCAUUGUGACAUUCCUGCUUGUAUUCACGUUCGUGGCACUUUGGCACGACAUUCAGCUCCGCCUGCUGAUCUGGGGCUGGCUGAUUGUUCUUUUCAUGAUACCUGAGUGGACUGCGGCGGCAAUGUUUCCCAAGAGCAAGUGGGAGGACCGACCGACAGCAUACCGCAUGCUCUGCUGUGUAGGCAGCGUGGGCAACGUGCUCAUGAUGAUUUCAGCCAACUUGGUUGGCUUCGCUGUUGGGCUGGACGGUUUGCAGAGCAUCAUCCAUAGCAUUUUGCAUGACUGGUCAGGGCUUAUUUUCCUUGUUACAGCGUGCUCUUGUUUGUUCGUCGGCAUUCAGGUCAUGUUUGAGAUUCGUGAGUCAGAGAAGCGACGUGGGAUUUUGGUAAAGUGCUAGACGGAGAUUUUCUUAGAGGUAACGGCGUGACGGAUGCAUGGGCGUUGUACAUAUACUGUGAUACUAUUACUAGCAUAAGGCUCAAAGACAGUGAAUCAUUUGCAUGGCUAUGAGCAAGAAAACAUGAGGCUCAAAAUACUGCUUAGACCGGAGCUGCUCAUGCACAAUUGGAAAGGUGUCUUGUGUAUUUUGUGAGGGUUUCAUUAUUGCCAUUAACUAUUAAUAAUUAACACCG